GCAAGGUGGUACCAGCCUGGGUGUCCGGGAGUGAUGGUUGUGGAGAGACACAGAACAAGAUUGAGAUCGAGAUACGUACCGUUUAGACAAGUGUACUGAGGAAGGUGUGAUGAGGCUGUUUGUUGUUGUGUGGUUGUACAAGAAGGCGCGUUAGAUGUCAAUAGAAGGAGGUAUCGAGGUCAGCAAGCAGGAAAUGAAUGUGGAGGAGAGCCUGAAAGAGCAGCCGCCCCAGUUGUUUGUUGUGUUGGGUAGGGAGGCGCAGCUCAGCUUUCAAGUCAGCGGCGCAGCUCUUGCUUGUUGUCGACAACUUUGUCGCUGCUUCACCUUUGCACAGGCGCGCCUGCAGUGGUUCGGCAGCGUGAACGCAAAUAAUGUUUCGACCGUGCUAGUGCAGCCACCAAGCUGGCGAAUGAGAGCCAACCGACCCGGUCGAAAUGAAUCACUCUCCCGUGUUUCAGACGAGAUAGCUGUGUUUCAGGUAUCGCCUCAUGGAUAUAUCCGUGGGUCGUGGCUAAUGGACCCUGUCUGCGCGCGCUUGUCGGCAAGUGCGGUGAGUAUGUACGAAUGUGUUGUCUACAAAGAGAAGUCGGAGGUGAAGUCCAAGACGUGCUGUGCAGUGAAGUCGCAGGAAUGCUUUGCCGUCAGCUGCCACAUAUGCCACAGGGCUGGGUUCGCUCAGGAGCCCCCCUCACACCCAUCACUUAUCCGACGUGCGAGAUCUUGUAAUAACAACAAGACCAUGAUGGAGUAUCGAAAAGAAAUGAGGUUCGAAGGUUGGUGAUUAGUCAAGCUCCACGGUUGUGUCGGCCGAUGCUGUCGUGCGAGUCAGGCUCAAAUUGAGCUGUUGGCAUCUCGGAUUGCAUCAUAUGCCGAGAUGGUCUUCCCUACAAAGCUCCAUGAAACCGACCAUCACAGCACUAUGUUCAGCACCAUCCCUUGAUCAUACCGCCACAUCCACUAUCAUUUAAAGAUGGUCGAAGCAACGAUCGAGCCGCCAGCAGCGUAUGCGUAAGCAUCCGAACCUCCGGA